GGCGCGCUCGUCCGCGUCUCCUCGGCGUCUGUUCCUUGCCGGCGCCGCCGCCUCCUCCUCCUCCUCCUCCUCCUCAGCCUCGAAACAGCUCUCCUCACGAGCAGCCUUUCCGAGCUCGUCCCGCCAGGCGCGGUGGACGCCGCGGGGAAAGAAGGGGCCGGAGACGGCGAGGAAGCGGAGCGACGGCGGCUGCCGCGGUAGCAACUUCUUCGCCGCCGCCGCAGCAGCCGCAGAAGAAGGAAGAGGAAGAGGCUUCUUCGCAAGCGGCGGCGGGCCCUCGCCGAACCCGAGAGAGAGGGCCCGGCGGCCCUCACCUCCCCCGCUGCACGCCCUUCGGUGAAUCGGGGAGGAGAUGCCCGUGAAAAAGAAACGCAAAACUUCGGGGCAGGCGGGGGACGAGUCGGGCCUCAAGAAAUGUAAAAUCAGCAGCUAUUGCAGAUCACAAGCUUCUAGUAAAGUGAUAAGUGGUGAUGAACAUUUUUCAAGCAAGAAGUGCCUGGCUUGGUUUUAUGAAUAUGCAGGUGACGAUGAAGUUGUAGGGCCUGAAGGAAUGGAGAAAUUCUGUGAGGACAUUGGUGUUGAACCAGAAAAUAUUGUAAUGCUAGUUCUAGCCUGGAAACUGGAGGCUGAAAGCAUGGGAUUUUUUACAAAGGAAGAAUGGUUAAAGGGGAUGACUUCGUUACAAUGUGACUGCACAGAAAAGCUGCAGAGUAAAUUUGAUUUUUUGCGCUCGCAACUGAAUGACAUUUCAACAUUUAAGAAUAUCUACAGAUAUGCAUUCGAUUUUGCAAGGGACAAAGACCAGAGAAGUCUUGAUAUUGACACUGCAAAAUCUAUGUUAGCUCUUCUUCUUGGGAGAACAUGGCCACUGUUUUCAGUAUUUUACCAAUACUUGGAGCAGUCAAAAUACAGAGUAAUUAACAAAGAUCAGUGGUACAAUGUGCUAGAAUUCAGCCGAACUGUCCAUGCAGAUCUUAGCAACUAUGAUGAAGAUGGGGCAUGGCCUGUUCUUCUUGAUGAAUUUGUGGAAUGGCAAAAGGUUCGCCAAGCAUCAUAGCAAGAGCAGCUCUGAAGAAAAUGCUGGAUCUUGUGGUGCCCACACCUACAAAAACUGAGUCAAAACCAAGGGUUGCAUUCACAUGAACUUAGCCAUUUUUUCCUUUUAUUUUUAAAGGGAGCAUUGUUACACAUGAAAUGGGCAUUGAACCACAUCUCUUCUGAGACUGAAAAUUGGAGAGUUUUGUCUUGAGUUUCUAUCAUUUCAGAACAAUAAAGAUUCAGAUUUGUAACAGUCUUAAAUGUGAAGGAUAUCCCUUGAAUAGGACUGUGGUUUCUAUAUUCAAAAACAAAAUAUGAGUGUUUAUGAAUCUUGGAGAUGUGUUAAAGUUGUAGGACUAGUAUAUGAAUCUGGUAUGGUAGUUUGGAUGGAAUGAUUGUCUUUAGGAAGAACGAUUAAAGUUGAGCUUUGGCUGGUUGCUAAUACUCACCUUCAUUGCAGUUUCUUACGGAACAAUGGCCUUAAAAUUACUUUUCCUACAAUUGCCAUUCAACAUUUUCCAUCUUUAAUGGAACAUUAAUAGUCUGCUUUUGAACUUUAAGGUAAAAAAAGUUCAAAAUAGACAAUCUUGAUGAAACAACUGUAGGCUUUUGACUUAUUCAAUUGUGUUUUUGCUUGUAAACUGACCUAAAUAUUAAAAAAGAGAAACCUAGGAAAAGAUAGAUCUUGUAAUGUGCACUGGACUGAGAGCAUUGAGUAUGAUCCUUUUUCUUCAUCUCUGACUGUGGAGAGCGAUGGGGCAGUGGUUAUUACUUGAUUCCAGGUCUCUUCAUGUCAACAUGGAGCCAACAGUUAUGCUAAUUUGACGAGUACAUUGCCAUUUCACGUGAACACAUGAACAUGUGAAGCUCGAGUUGUAUGUGUUGACUUGCAUGGAAGAUCAGUGCAGAAUUCUGAAGUGUUCAGCUAUCUCCUUAUUUUACUGCUUUUGUAAGUGCUAUACUUUCUGAGGUUACCAGAGCUGAGCAGGGCUGCCAAGGUUUGGACAUUUUGGAGGGCAUUCAUUCAAGUCGUUAUAAGUCGGAGAUUAUUUGAUGGCACAUAACAGCUAUACUUUCUUAUGCACAAUCUUAGCCAAACAUGGGCCUGAUUGCUAACAUAUACCAAAAAAAUGGCAAUGAGUAGAAGUGUGGAUGAAAGUUCAGGAAAUAACACUGCUGCUCAGUAUCCUUUUUUGAAAAACAGCAACCUCCUCCAAUGUGGUGCUCUCCAGAUGUUUUUGGGCUACAGCUUCUAGCAUUCCUGAUGAUUAGCCACACUGUCCUUCUGGACAUACCAAUUUGGUAAAGGCUGUUUUUCAACCCAGCCAUCCUAUUGACUAAUCUGGGUCAAUUUUGUGAUGUGAUAUCUCCAUAGCUUACCAAGCCAGGUAAGACAUGGUAGUAUUUGUCUCAGGAAAAUGAGAAAUUAUUUAUGCACAGUGUAGCCACAUUUGGGAAAGAUAACCCCUUUCCUCCACAAAGUGGUUUGAAUAUUUUUGUGGGGGAGUGUUAUUCCUUUUAAUCCUUAAGUAUGUUUUGUAUUAAAUAGAAAAGGGCUAUUUCAUUUCUACCAGCUGUAUGUGUGACCAAGUUGGUCACUGAAUUCCCUUUGGGUCCUCACCUUUGCUCUCCUCUGUCUUUCUGCACAAGGAAAGGCAAUUUAGGGUGUUGUGAAGACAGCACUACACAAUACUGCUCUUGAUCAAUUGUGUUGAUGUGUGUGUCCCAUUACAGUUUAGCAAGCUUUAAGAGGCUUUGUGCUUGGCUUCAUCAGAACAUAUUUGAUCCACUAGCUUAUCUGUACAGACAGAACGCUACUAACAUUUUGCUGUCAUACCACUCUCUUUAAAACCACUCCAAAACUGUAGUCUUAAGUAUAUUUGACCUGGGAGUAAGUUCCAUUAAACUUGUUGGUAAAAUAAGCAGAGUUUGUCACUCAGAGGAACACUGCUACCCAGAACAGAGUGAAUAUUUCAGGAUCUCCAGAAUGCUGUUGAUUUGCGAGGCAUAUAUGAUUUUCAGGAAGGCUGGGAAAAAAGUCUUUAUCCAGAUGAGUAUGAAAUGCUAAAGUGAUCCUUCAUGUUUUCAGGAAUUCUAUUGGCUGCAUGGAUUUUUUUAAUCUUCAGACCCAAAUAAUUGGUAUAAAUCUUGCUGGAAUUUCCCAGGAAAGGCUGUGAUUAGGAUGGCAUCCUUUCCAGAAUGAAACAAUGCUGCCUUUAUUGUCCCCUGUCAGAGCUGGCACUGGGUUGACUUUUGGUGUUGUAUUUUUCCUAGCUGAGCUCUUGUACAUUCUGAAACUCAGAUAUAAAUGGAAGGAACCUGCUUGAAAUUGUAUCUACUGAUGGAACUAAUGGGUGGGGAUGUAUUCUCUCCCUGCUCUUUUUUUUUUUUUUUUUUUUUGCCAUGGUGCAUCUGCAGCAGCAUGUUCCUGUCUUAAGAUUGCAAUGAUAGGCACAAACACUUGGGAAUAAGCUGCAAAGAAACUGUGACAAACUUCUGAGUAGACAUGUGUACUCAGUCUUGACCACUGAGUCAUCAUACUUGCUAUACUUUAGAAAAUCUUCUAACCUUUUUGAGACUCAGAUGAAAAAUCAGGAAAAUCAGCUAUGUUUAUACUGUAAAUGAAACCAUCUUUUAAUUCCCUAGGAAUUCUGUUUUUUAAACAACUUUGUCCAAAAGAGCUGGAAUUAACAUGGUAAAUGUUGUGGCCACCAAUGCCAACGUCUUAAUGUGAAGGUAUCCAAUUGCUGUGUAUGACUUGUAUCUCUGAGGUUUUAUCACUAUUCUUCCAAUAAAACCAUAUUUCAGGGAUUUAGAACCUA